AUGCUGCGCCCAUUUUUCUGCUGGGCACUAUGUAUCCAAUACCUAUCAGCGUCCGACCACGAAUAUCGCCUGAUUCAGGACCUGAAAGUCGGCCAUGACCCUGUCGAACGACCAGUUUCCAACCACCGUGAAGCCGUCGACUGCCAGAUUCGUAUCCUCCUCCAGCAGCUCGUUGAUGUUGACGAGAAAAAUCAAGUGGUCACGCUGGUUAUCUGGACACAAAUGACUUGGCACGACUACAAAAUGCGAUGGGAUCCGAUCGAAUACGGGAAUAUUACGACGUUACAAGUCCCAUCGGGGUCACUUUGGAAGCCGGAUGUGCUGUUGUUCAACACCGCCGACGAGCAUUUCGACGCAAGUUUCCCCGUAAAUAUGGCCGUUCGGCAUACCGGUGAGGUCCUAAUGGCUCCGCCAAGCAUCGUCAGAAUGAGUUGCACCUUUGACCUGACGUACUUCCCAUUUGACGACCAGGUCUGCUAUCUAAAGUUUGGUUCUUGGACGUAUACCGGAAACCAAGUCGAUUUGCGGAUUGAUAAUAGCGGACUGUCCGAAAAGAACCAAAUGGAUCUGCGAUAUUACGUGCCGAACGGGGAAUGGGAGUUGAUAGCGACCCCCGCCGAACGAGUUGCCAAUGAGUUCCACGGCGAGAAAUAUGUCGAACUGUAUUUUAGGAUGCACAUUAAACGAAGAACUCUCUAUUACGGCCUAAAUUGGGUAGUCCCGUCGGUGCUGAUCUCUCUAUCGAACGUUUUGGGCUUUACGCUGCCAACGGAAUGUGGGGAAAAGUUGACGUUACAAAUCACCAAUCUCCUGGCGGUACUGGUUUUCCUGGGCAUGGUCUCCGAGAUUAUACCACCAUCUUCUGAAUCGAUCCCUGUAAUAGUGGCAUUUUUCUCUACUUCACUGCUGCUGUUAGGACUAUCGACGAUAUGCACGGUGCUCGUGAUCAACGUGCAUUUUCGGAAUCCAAGGACGCAUAAGUUGAGCAAAACGAUGCGAGCCCUCUUCCUCGAGUGGCUACCCUGGCUUCUCCUGAUGACGCGACCGGGGAGAAAAUUCGCAAAGCUACGCCGAUACACGAAACGCCAGCCUGAAGAGGUCGAGCCGGGAGGAAGCUUUUUGAGUGGAGAGUUUUCCAUGACCAAGGCGCCCCUCCUUGCGGUCCCUGAAGAGACGUACGAUUGGCAGGAAACCGUGCGUAAUAGCUCGGAGUCGAGGAGAUCUUCGACGAUGUCGCAUCAACCUCGGUUGAUGGCGUUGGCAUAUGAGAAUACACCGCUGAGGCAGGAGCUGCGAGAAGUUAUUUCGUUACUGCAUGACUUUAAGGAAAAACUGGUGGAGGACGAGCUGGAAGAGGAGUGCCAAGCCGACUACAAGUACAUUGCCAUGACGCUGGAUCGGUUGUUUUUAUUCCUAUUCUCGGCUGCGUACGUUUCCACCGUACUUGCUAUGGUCACUGCGACUCCCAGGGUAUUUGUG